CACGCGCGCUUACUGACAACCCGACGCAACUCGGCGCAAUCUUAUAGCGAGACUCAAACUCGUGACUGGCAGCCCAAAACUGCCCACGCCGUCCUCUUUAUAAAGCUACGGCGACCACCCUAGUGAAAAAAAAACGAGGAAUCACUCUGGAGACUGUCAUGAGCCGAGAAACUCAACGUGGAAGGCGCGGCAUUCUUCGCGCGGCCGAGUGCGGGUCGCUGGCGCUUGCUACCGUCGGUUUCGUAGCCUUCCUGGUGGUCAGCAGCUUCGCUAGUAGCCCCAAUGCCAACAAAUUCGGCUUCAAGAACAGCACGGGUGGAAUAUCCGAUGAGUUUGUUACUCAGGUGACUCCAGCCAACUUCACCGUUGCCAUCUGGGGCCUCAUCUUCAUCUGGCAGAGUGGCUGGCUAAUCUAUGCUUGGACCUUUCAGUGC